GUCUCAUCUUGUUAUAGAUAAAGAGAAAGUCGUACAACAACUACAACGAAGAAGAAGAGUAAAGAAAAUGGUCGUCGAGGAGUCAUCAUGCGUUUACAAGAACGGAGACGCGCCAGUGGAGGCGCGUGUGAAGGACCUUCUCUCUCGCAUGACUUUGCCGGAGAAGAUCGGUCAGAUGACUCAAAUCGAACGCAGAGUCGCUUCUCCCUCCGCCUUUACAGAUUUCUUCAUCGGAAGUGUACUAAACGCUGGAGGUAGUGUACCGUUCGAGGACGCUAAGUCAUCGGAUUGGGCUGAUAUGAUUGAUGGUUUUCAGCGAUCAGCGUUAGCGUCGCGUUUGGGAAUUCCAAUUAUCUAUGGCACUGACGCUGUCCACGGCAACAAUAAUGUCUACGGCGCCACUGUCUUCCCUCACAACAUUGGCCUCGGAGCCACCAGGUUUAUUCUCGAUUUACCAUAAGCAAACUAGAAGUGUGCUCUUAAAGCUUUGUUCUGUUACUGGUCUAUCUGAUGGAAACUUACCUUACCGAAGCUACUUAGUUGAUUCAGGUCUAGUUUAAAUUUCUGAGCUUGCUUCUUAAAACAAAGUAGAAGUAGUAUUGCAGUGGCUAUGGAUGAGUAGAAUCUGUUUGUGUUCAAGAUUGGUGCUUCUAUUGCAGCCAUGCUGUGUUUGGCCGCUAUUAAUGUGAAAACAGUAGUAGUUAUUGUGGUAACUCUGUAGAGACGCAGAUUUGGUCAGAAGAAUUGGAGCAGCAACUGCACUUGAAGUAAGAGCGAGCGGGGUUCAUUGGGCAUUUUCUCCUUGCGUGGCCGUUUUGAGAGAUCCGAGGUGGGGAAGAUGCUAUGAGAGUUAUGGAGAAGAUCCUGAACUUGUCUGUGAGAUGACUUCUCUUGUCUCGGGCCUACAAGGUGUGCCACCAGAAGAACACCCAAAUGGUUAUCCUUUUGUUGCAGGAAGAAACAACGUCGUCGCGUGUGUCAAACACUUUGUUGGAGAUGGUGGUACUGACAAGGGCAUAAAUGAAGGGAACACCAUCGCUUCAUAUGAAGAAUUAGAGAAGAUACAUAUUCCUCCUUAUCUGAAGUGUCUUGCUCAGGGAGUUUCCACGGUUAUGGCGUCUUACUCCAGUUGGAAUGGAACUAGACUGCACGCCGACCGUUUUCUCUUGACAGAAAUUCUAAAGGAAAAACUUGGUUUCAAGGGAUUUCUAGUCUCAGACUGGGAAGGUUUGGACCGGCUUAGUGAGCCUCAGGGAUCAAACUACCGCUACUGCAUUAAAACUGCGGUUAAUGCUGGCAUUGACAUGGUUAUGGUACCAUUUAAGUACGAACAGUUCAUACAGGACAUGACAGAUCUGGUAGAGUCAGGGGAAAUACCAAUGGCUCGGAUCAAUGAUGCUGUUGAAAGAAUACUCAGAGUGAAAUUUGUCGCUGGUCUUUUUGGACAUCCUCUCACAGAUCGAUCUUUGUUGCCUACUGUUGGUUGCAAGGAACAUAGAGAAUUGGCGCAGGAAGCAGUUAGAAAGUCGUUAGUUCUGCUAAAGAGUGGCAAAAAUGCUGAUAAACCGUUUCUGCCACUAGAUCGCAACGCUAAGAGGAUUCUAGUCACUGGAACUCACGCAGAUGAUCUUGGAUAUCAGUGCGGAGGAUGGACAAAGACAUGGUUCGGUCUAAGCGGCAGGAUCACAAUUGGCACUACACUUUUGGACGCCAUAAAAGAAGCAGUUGGAGACGAAACCGAAGUAAUCUAUGAGAAAACUCCAUCAAAGGAAACCUUAGCCUCAAGUGAAGGAUUCUCUUACGCCAUUGUUGCAGUCGGGGAACCGCCCUAUGCAGAGACGAUGGGGGAUAACUCGGAACUCAGAAUACCUUUUAAUGGUACUGACAUUGUCACCGCAGUUGCAGAGAUAAUCCCGACUCUGGUGAUAUUGAUCUCAGGACGACCUGUGGUUUUGGAGCCGACGGUUCUUGAAAAGACAGAGGCUCUGGUUGCUGCUUGGCUGCCUGGAACAGAAGGGCAAGGGGUGGCUGACGUUGUUUUUGGAGAUUAUGACUUCAAGGGGAAGUUGCCAGUGAGCUGGUUCAAACACGUUGAGCAUUUGCCACUAGAUGCUCAUGCCAAUUCUUAUGACCCAUUGUUCCCGUUUGGUUUCGGUCUCAAUUCAAAACCAGUGUAA